AUGUCAACUAUCACACUUAGUUAUUUAGUUGUAAGAGAAAAUCCAUAUAAAAAUGUUUUUCAAGUUAUUAUUAAUACCACUCAAAUAAAGACUGUGACAUUAUUAAAAGACGCUAUUAAGAAAAAAAUUGAUGAUAAUGUUAAGGCAAAAGAUCUCAUGUUAUGGAAGGAAGACCUUAGUGACGAAACUAAGGAUGAGCAUAUCAUUAUAAGUUAUAAGAGUGAAAAAGAAUGUAUUCGUUUAGUUGAUGAUGAAGACUUGACAUGUAUAAUUUAG